AUGGUUGAGCGAGCGAGACUCCUCACUGGAAUUAGCGUCGGUUUCUUACUCACCAUUUGUUUUGCUGUGGCUAGCCUGCAACCUUUUCAGCAUUCAAAUUGGCUGGUCCACCACGUUUCGUAUGGGGCACUAGAGCUCAAUUGCGAACAUAUUGGAAAUGGUUUUCUUGACAUAAUCUCUGCCUCAGCGCCACGCCGGUUUCUGCGAAGGGACAAUGACAAGUCGAGUGGUGCAGAUAAUGGAGAGGGGGGGAAUGAUGAUAAUAAUGGGAAGGACAGCGAUAAUGGGAAGAGUAAUGGAAAUGGAAAAGGAGAAGGUCCCGACGGAAAAGAUGGUGACCAAGGACAUCCUCCUGACGCUGCAACUCCUGAUAACCAGACUGGACCUGCUUCUGCCUCACCUAAAUCUCCUGGGAUUUCCUCUCCAUCCAGUGGUCCUGCUAGCAACUCUGCGCCUCCUGGAAACAGUUCUGCGCCUCCUGAUACUACCACUGGAUCUCCUGAUACUACCACUGGACCACAUUCUGAUCCUAACCCCGCUAAAUCCAAACCUGGCGGCAAACCAAACGAGAAAAUUUUUACGAGCACUUCCUCUUCUCUAGCUGCUUCAAGCACUUCAAGCACAAGUACAACAAGUUCUGAAACUACCGUUGGCACUACAUCGUCUAUAACGACGGCGACCACUGCACUCUCUGCAUUUACUGUAUCAUCUGAUUCUCCUUCUCCUUCUCCACCCCCACCCCCUCCACCUCCACCUCCACCUACUUCUAAUUCUCCCGAUUUUUCCGCAGUUCAAGCUCCAGAAACAUCUGCAGCUCAAACUUCAGAGGCUCCUGCAAUUCAAACUCCAGAAACUUCUGCAGUUCAAACUUCAGUGGAUCCUGCUGUUCAAACUCAAGAAACUUCUACAAUAACGUUUUCUUCCUCAUCAGAAUCAACACUACUGCCUUCUCCAGCGGGCAAAAAAAUUGAUGAAGCAGCGCCAGCGGCAACAAAUACAGGCUAUGCAUCAUCUGCGCAGAAUCCCAACUCCAUAUACUCAGACACUGCACGUACGGUGGCCGUUUCUUCUGCCCCGUAUCAACCUACUUCUCAGCAAAAUUCUGGAACACUAAUAAGUGGUCCAACGGAAAGUAGUUCUGCAAUACCCGGCGUGGACGUACCGCAAGGUAAAAAUAAUCAUUCAAAGACUAUCGCAAUCGCUCUCGGAGCCGUAUUUGGUGUUUUAUUUCUUUUUGCCAUUGGCUUGUAUCUCUUUAUCUGGCACCGGCGCUCGCAGUCAAAGAAACGGCGCGUUCAGCGGGAUAUGGAAGAUUUUGAUCACCCACAGACUAUGGCUGAGCCCGUAUCCAACCCUUUUGAAGGUUUCAAUCACCAACAAACUUUUGCUGCGCCUGUAUCAAACCCCUUUGAAGAUUUCGAUCGCGAAGCAACUUUUGCUGCGCCCGCCGUAUCCAACCCUUUUGAUGGUGGCGAAAAGAUGAUUAGCUUGAACAGUGGCGCCUCACCUUAUGAUCAGCCAACAUCGGUUCCAAGGGUCACGACGAAUCUCUAUGUCCCAUCGACUAUAGAUGAAGAAAACACACCACUGUCACAAAGCUUUGAUGAUUUCUAUCAAGUUGAUCAUCCUACACCGCCAAUGAGAGUAAAGGAGAGUGCUGCAGAGAAUCUCAUACGGGGUCCACCAGAUCAGAUACAUCACAGGUAUGGCAUAGAUGACUCCAAGGCUAUUCGCAUCAUUGACGGGAAACAUCACAGUGACUCGGAGGACGAUGAGGAUAAAUUAAGUUGGAAUGGAAGGUACCCUAUGGCCAUAUAA